CGUCAUUCUUGUCCACGUCCCUCGUCAAUUAUUUGCACGCGCAGUCUUUGACACUCUUUGCUGCGCAGCCCUAGACGCGUCUAUCCGCGACAGCAAACAGCACUCCGGCAACAUGUCGACCACCGUGGACAAGAUCAAGGAGAUCGAGGCCGAGAUGGCCAAGACUCAAAAAAACAAAGCGACGUCGUUCCACUUGGGUCAGCUCAAGGCGAAGCUUGCGAAGCUCAAGAGAGAGCUUCUCACUCCCAGCUCCAGCGGUGGGGGUGGUGGUGUCGGUUUCGAUGUCGCCAGGACUGGUGUGGCCAGUGUUGGUUUCAUUGGCUUCCCGUCCGUUGGCAAGUCUACACUCAUGAGUAGACUGACAGGGCAGCACUCUGAGGCUGCAGCCUACGAGUUCACAACGCUUACCACGGUUCCUGGCCAAGUCAUGUACAACGGUGCGAAGAUCCAGAUUCUCGAUUUGCCCGGUAUCAUUCAGGGUGCGAAGGACGGUAAGGGUAGAGGUCGUCAGGUCAUUGCAGUCGCAAAGACUUGCAACCUUAUCUUCAUCGUCCUGGACGUCAACAAGCCUCUCACAGACAAGCGUGUCAUCGAGAACGAACUUGAGGGAUUCGGUAUCCGGAUCAACAAAAGCCCACCCAACAUUGUCUUCAAGAAGAAGGACAAGGGUGGCAUCAACAUUACCAAUACCGUGCCCUUGACCCACAUUGAUCACGAUGAGAUCAAGGCGGUCAUGAACGAAUACAAGAUUUCCUCGGCGGAUAUUGCCAUCCGCUGCGACGCCACGAUCGAUGACCUGAUCGAUAUCCUGGAGGCGAAGAGCCGAAGCUACAUUCCGGUCAUUUACGCGCUGAACAAGAUCGAUGCAAUCACAAUCGAGGAGCUGGAUCUGCUCUACCGCAUCCCUAAUGCAUGCCCCAUCAGUUCGGAGCACGGGUGGAACGUCGACGAGCUGCUGGAGCAGAUGUGGGAGAAGCUGAACCUGCGCAGAGUUUACACGAAGCCCAAGGGCAAGAUGCCCGACUACACGCAGCCAGUGGUGCUCCGCGCCUCGGCGUGUACCGUAGAGGAUUUCUGUAACUCCAUCCACAAAACCAUCGUCGAGCAGUUCAAGCACGCGAUUGUGUACGGCAAGUCGGUGAAGCACCAGCCACAGCGCGUCGGGCUCGCGCAUGAACUGGCAGAUGAAGACAUCAUCACCAUCAUCAAGCGCUGAUCGGGUGGGCCAUAUCAAAUACUUGGGCCCGGCAGUCUGGGUGUGGCGCCGAAAUUUCGGAGCAGAUCAAUUUGGACGAUUGUCGCGUCCGAGCCCAAAAGGUAUGGGAAAUGCACGGCGCCCAGGCGUCAAUCGGGGAAAGCGGUGUUGGGAGUGGAGUUGCAGGAGCUUACCGAAGGCCCUGUCGGGCUUUUUUAUUGAUCGACGGCAACGGCUUUUGCGAGGACGUCGACGCCUGACCAGGCCGGACCGCACUGGCCGCCGCGGAAGCAGCGCAUUGGCAACACGCACAGGACAGUGCUCUGGAAGCCAUGGAGUUAUUGCUGUUAUUGGACGGGGAUUAUGCGGCCUGGCUGGCCGUCCAUUUGGCGGGUAUGGAGGGUCGAAAUAACACGAAGAUGAUCUUCCUGGUUUUGCGGCUUUUUCUUUUUCUCGGCCAGUGAUUCGUGGACGUGGAAGAAUUGCAGGGGGGGCGCUGAAUGCC